AUGGCGUGGCUUGUUGGCGUGCGGCGCAAGCAAGGGCUAAUUGAAGGAGUGGUGCGUUCUGUGAACAAUCUGCUUGAGAAGUUCCAUCAGUCCUUUUUCCUGUACUUCCUUACUGCUGCAAGCAAGUUCAUUGGCGUGUUGGCACCUCUCCCAAUAGUUGCUGCUGCCCUUGCUGAUGGCAGUAGAAGCAUGGAAAAACCAGUAGAUAAGUUGAUGGAACACGGUAAAGCAGAUGACAUUGCCGAUAUCCCGCAAAGCAAGGGUGGAUCAUGUAAAUGUCUUCAAGCUACAAAAGUAUUGCUUGUUAUCCAACUAUGGGCAGUACUUGUUUCACUACUUCCAUACAUUACUCAGAUACCUGAUGCCACACCUAUGCAGAGCGCGCUCAUCUGGGUUGUUCUCUCCAUCGUCAUACUGAUCGCCCUGUCUGUCUUGUUUGGCUCACCAUACUCAGCUGGUGUUGAAUGGAAACUUCUGAAAGCUACCAUGAUCACUUCCAUCCUCCUCUUCGCCGAUUUUUGCUGCUGCUACAUCUAG